CCGCCAACAGGUGUCUCCCGUCACGAAUAGUCACACUGACUCUUAAUGUACACAUGGAGGUGAUUCGCUGCCCAUUCCUGAGUUACUUGUCUCUCACUGUCGUGGUGACUGCUGCCCACCGCCUUCACCCUGAUGGUGAUACUGGGGUGUCACCCACACCAGUCGAUGCUCUUCAGUCAGUGUUGGCAGAUGGGUCUCAUCCUCGCUGUACAGUGAUUAUCUUAAUGGACGACAACACAUCCACUGCGCGUUUCUUCGUGACGAACUUCUCUUCUGGAAUUGCAUUGUUCGAGGUGGCAGUGGACGGCCAGAAUGCAAACGAGACGCAGGUGCAGCUCUUCCAAGUGGUCAAUGAGGCUAGGCGGCUGGAGCAAGUGUCAUGGUGCGUGACGGUGGUGGUAGUGAGCGACGACCCAGCCUUCCUUGCCGCCUUCGCCGAGUUGUCUCUCAAGGGCCGCCUCCUAGUGUGGUCGACCAGACUCCUCGUCGUCACCCGCCUGCCCCUCCUGGACCUCCAACACCUACACAAGUUACUCUCCAUGACCAAUUCCAUGUUACUGAUUGUUGACGACACAAUGGAAGUUGUAAGGUGUCGUGUGCUCAUACACCUGCCCUACACACCCCAGGAAGCCAAGGCGAUGCAGGUUGCCUCCUGGACACCCAACCAUGACCUAACUCUUUACACCCAGCUUCCGCUCUUCCCGGAUAAGUUCACUAAAUUCCUGGAGCGACCAACUCUGGCGGUGGGGGUGGAUCACAACCAUAUUAAACAAGUCAAAAACAACGCCGGAGUUUUCAAAGACAACAUUUUAGACUAUAUUGGACAAGGAAUGAAUUUCAGUUACAAAUACGUGUUCUCACCUGAUGACAGCUACGGCAUGAAGCUGAGCGAUGGGUCAUGGUCUGGCAUGAUAGGCUUAGUAGUGAGGGGGGUAAGUGUGAACCUCCCAAAGUAGGACGUGUAAAAGUGCAGUAGUUGUGCUGUACCUAAGAGUGCACAGUGAUCAGUUUAACUCGUGAAUCAUGUAAAAUUCUAACUGUAUUAGCAGUUAUAUACAGUAUAUUAUUUACUUCAAAAUAGGUUUAUACCUGUGUUGGUCACACAGGUGUCCAGUGAGGCUCUCUUAUGUCUUAUAACAUUUCAUUACAAAGAAAAUAGAUUUCUUUCACUCAUUCUCUAAAGUAGCUUACGUAAGGUGAGGUUUGGUUAGGUUAAGUAAGU